AUGGGAGACCGGAAUGACCUGAGGACUGCAGAUGAUAAAGUAGGGGGCAUGAAGAGGAGUAGCAGGAGCUUCAUGGGAUUCAACUCCUUUAUCAAUAAUAUGGCCAUGAAUGAACUCCCAAUGCUGGGUUAUCAAUUCACUUGGUGCAACCUGAGGAGUGAAGAAGGCUUGGUAGAGAAGAAAUUGGACAAAGCAUUUGCUUCUAUGGAAUGGACACAAACCUUUCCAAAUGCCACUGUCUCUAACAGGGUCAGGAGCUCAUCAGAUCACUCCUUAUUACUUUUGAACAUGGGACAACAGCAACACAAGAGAACAACAAGAUUCCACUUUGACAAGAGGUGGAUAGGGAUGGAAGGGUUUAAGGAAACAGUAGAAGCAGCUUGGUCUCAUCAAACUGAAGGUACCCCCUUCUACAAGCUUAAAGAGAAGCUGGAAACCCUGAGGAAAGAUAAAUCAGACAACUAUUGGGACCAGUGGAACACCACAAGUAGUGCUGCAAACGAACCGAACGUUCGCGAACGAAAGCUCGUCCGAGCUCGUUCGUGUUCGUUUAAAGCUCGUUCGUUUAACAAUCGAGCUGAGCUCGAACAUGAAAUUGAGCUCGUUUAUUAUUCGAACGAACACGAACAUGCAGAUACCCUAGAAAUCAGAUCUCAGCUCUCUCCCUCGCCAAAAUCGCCAUCACCACACCCACCCGACCCCGUCGGCCCGUCAUCCUCAAGUAGUUUUCCGGCGAUCUGCUCCACGCUCGCCCUCAAGCAGUCAAGCUGUCCAACUCAAGGCUCGGGAUUUGCUCCACCCUCGCUCUCGUUCACGGCCAGAUAUCUGCUCCACGCCUCCACCCUCGCCCUCGUUCACGGCCUGAGAUCUGCUCCACCCUCGCCCUCAACUCAUGCUUGA